AUGACUGGAGCUUCCAGUACCAUGGCCGGUGGGUGGAAGCGGAGGUCCUGGGCUGCCCAUGAGUGGGUGGCGGUGCCUGUGAAUCUGAGGCAGGAGCAUGACCGGAGCUGCUUCCAGGUGACUUAUGAUGAUGUGCAUGUGAACUUCACUGCAGAAGAGUGGAAUUUGCUGGAUUCUUCCCAGAAGAAUCUCUACAAAGAUGUGGUGCUGGAGACCUACUGGAACCUCACUGCUAUAGGUUACAGUUGGGAAGAUCAUCAUAUUGAAGAACAACGUCAAAGUUCUAGAAGGAGUGAAAGGCAUGAAAGAAGUUAUACUGGAGAAAAACCAUAUGAAUGUAAUCAAUGUGGUAAAGCCUUUUCAUAUCACAGUCAUCUCCAAUAUCAUAAAAGAACACACACUGGAGAGAAACCAUAUGAAUGUAAUCAAUGUGGUAAGGUCUUUUCACAUAGCGGUCAUCUCCAAGUCCAUAAACAGACACAUACUGGAGAGAAACCUUAUGAAUGUGAUCAAUGUGGUAAAGCCUUUUCAUGUCACAGUACUCUCCAAAAACAUAAAAGAACACAUACUGGAGAGAAACCUUAUGAAUGUAAUGAAUGUGGUAAAAACUUUGCAUUUCACAGUUGUCUCCAAAGACAUAAAAGAACACAUACUGGAGAGAAACCUUAUGAAUGUAUACAAUGUGGUAAAGCCUUUUCAAGUCACAGUCAUCUCCAAAUCCAUAAAAGAACACAUACUGGAGAGAAACCUUAUGAAUGUAAUCAAUGUGGUAAAGCCUUUACACAACAAAGUCAUUUCCAAAUCCAUGAAAGAACACAUACUGGAGAGAAACCUCAUGAAUGUAAUCAAUGUGGUAAAGCCUUUUCAUGUCACAGUAAUCUCCAAAGACAUAAAAGAACACAUACUGGAGAGAAACCUCAUGAAUGUAAUCAAUGUGGUAAAGGCUUUACACAACAAAGUAAUCUCCAAAGACAUAAAAGAACACAUACUGGAGAGAAACCUCAUGAAUGUAAUCAAUGUGGUAAAGCCUUUUCAUAUCACAGUCAUCUCCAAAGACAUAAAAGAACACAUACUGGAGAGAAACCUAUGAAUAUAAUUAAUAUAGUAAAAGCCUUUUCACAAUGUUUUUGUCUCCAAAACCAUAAAAGA